UAAGGCUUCCAAGAAUUUUAGUAAAGCUUUGAAGGAUUAUGGGAAUGGAAAAGGACUAGAAACUACGUAUGUUAUGUGCAUGCAGACUUCAUCCCAAUUUUACGAAAACCAUGCAGAUGUUUUAGGAAAAUUGAAUAAACUUGUACAAAAAGAUUUUGACUUACUUCAAAAACUUUGGGAUAAAUAUUCAAAAAAAGCAACUAAAGAUGAAAAGGCUCAUAAUGACUAUGUCGGCGACCUAGAUAGGCAAAUCAAAAAAAUUGGCAAGGAUUAUGAGAAAAAAACUAAGAGAGAUAAUCAAUCAGCUCUAGAGUCAUAUGAUAAAUAUAUGAUGUCGAUGACUACUGUCGGCUCAGAAAUUAGUCGUGCAAAGACAGAAUACACAAAUGAAGUAAUAAAGCGUGAAAAAAAGACACAUUCAGUUGUAUCACAAGCCGUUUGCCGUCUUACAGAAGGUUUUUUUGCUUCAUUUAACGAUUCGUUAAAGAAAUGUGGACCGUGUAUUACGAAAAUGAAAGAAUGGGCGCCAUUUGCAAACGAGGAUAUGCCACCACCACAAAGCCUAGAUGACUUUCUAGAAGACCAGGUAUCAUAUCCUAAAUAUACGUCAUCGGAAAAAAUUUUUGAAUCUCUUGCAGCAAUAUCAGAGAAACAGAUAGCAGCAAUGAACUAUUCGUCUUCAGAAUCCACAUUACCUGAACCCACUCUACCUAUUAUUGAUGAUGAUCCCGAUAGUAACAUCCCUACGAGAUAUGUGCAAAUGCCAUCAAAAAUUUCACGAACGAACACUCCCGAAACCUCCAAACCAAUAUCUGUCAAACCUUCUACAUUGUCUUCAGAAACUAUAACACCUUUUAGUAGACAAAUUACUCAGAAUUAUAAUAAUAUAAACAAUAAAAGUUCUCCAUCAUCAACUUCCAGCAGUACACUUUCACAGCCAUCCAACAAUAAAUCUUCUACCUCUAACUUAAUCUCAAAUUUCUCCAUCGGUAUUCAUGCUAAUGAUGAUCCGUUUUUACGUGAUGAAAAAGUUGUUGAAAUUAAAACAGCAGAAUUAUUUACAGAGAACAGAGUUGAAAAGGCGGUAUUCAAACCGAACAUAAUUAAAGUUAAGACGGAAGAGAAACCUAUUGUAAAGGCAACGUCUUUUAAUGAUGAUAAUGAUGAUAGUGAAGUAAAAGAAACAUCAUUUAAUAGUUAUAGUGAAAUAAAGGAAACAUCAAUUAAUCGUGAUAGAGAAGUAAAAGAAAUUUCAUUUAAUCAUGAUAAUGAGGUAAAAGAAACAUCAUUUAAUCGUGAUAAUGAAGUAAAAGAAACAUCAUUUAAUCGUGAUAAUGAAGUAAAAGAAACAAUAUCAUUUAAUCGUGAUAAUGAAGUAAAAGAAACAACAUCAUUUAAUCGUGAUAAUAAAGUAAAAGAAACAACAUCAUUUAAUAGUGAUAAUGAAGCAAGAGAAACAACAUCAUUUAAUAGUGAUAAUGAAGUGAAAGAAACAUUAUUUAACCGUGAUAAUGAAGUAAAAGACACAAUACCAUUUAAUCGUGAUAGUGAAGUAAACGAAACAACAUUAUUUAAUCGUGAUAAUGAA